GCACGGUGACGUACACUUGCGAGUACAUUUAUGUCCUUAUGAUAAAGUAGCACGAACACGUGGGCGUGUUUCUAAUCGUCCUCAUUACGUUAACUCCCUCGCGCGCGUCAGCAGCAGCAGCGAGCCAUCAGCAGACAGAGCUGGAAAGAUGGCGGCCGGUUCAGGAGCUGCAAGCGGGCACGGAGCGCGCAGCUCCAACGCUGGCCUGGAAGCGUCUGUAGACCGACGGCUUCAAGGAGUAUCCAACACCAUGGAGUCAAUACAGGGUCAAUCGAACUGGUGCAUUGAAAACAAAAAGCACCACGGCCUCAUCGUGCGCCACUGGAUGAAGUGGCUCAAGAAAUCUGACAACAAUCACCGCUUGAAUCUCUUUUACCUCGCCAACGACGUGAUACAGAACUGCAAGAGAAAGAAUGCCAUUGUCUUUCGCGCAGCCUUCGCAGAAGUCCUUCCUAGUGCCGCGCAGUUUAUCAGAGAUGGGAAAGUCCGCAAGUCAGUGGAAAGGAUUUUUACAAUUUGGGAGGAGAGGAGCGUGUACCCCGAAGAGGUCAUUGCCCAGUUUAAAGCUGGCUUCAACAAAAAGGAAAAGGAACGAGAGAAGCAGAAGGAGAAGCAGAAGGAGAAGGAAAAGGAGAAGAAGGAAAAGGAGAGAGAAAAGGAGAAAGAGAAAGAAAAGGAAAAACAAAAGGAGACUCCACCGGCAACUGCUCCAGCCAGCACCAAAGCUGCCCUCAAGUCCAAGAUUGUAGCAGAGUUCACACCCCACUCGCUCAUCGAGCAGUUGUCGAGUUAUAAGCGAGCAGUCGCAGAAGAGGAGUUCAGGGAGAAGCAGCUGGCAGCUCUCCGGGUAGACGUCUGCAGCACGGAGGCUCUCAAGAGACUCAAAGACAAGGCAGGAGGGAACAAGUUUGCGAAGGACUUCGAGGACGGCAGUCUGAAGCUGCAGGAGUUUGUCGUCUUCAUGGAGAAAGAGCUGAAGACGGGGCCUCCUCUGCUGGAAGCUUUGGGAAACGCUGACAUUUUCUACGAGAUGCAGUACAAGGAGGUUAAAAUUGUGGCCAAUGCGUACAAUGCCUUUGCCAACCGCGUGGCCAGCCUUAAAAGAAAAUUGGAUUCCCUCAAGUCGACCUUACCUGGACCCGAGGACUCACCCAUCCCCUCACCCUCUGAAGAUGCCCCCUCUCCCACUGGCUCUGACUCACCCUACCUGGGACUAGGGUCUAGCAGAGCCCAGGUGGACCCAGAGCUGGAUGGCAAGGCCAUGGAUGAAGGAGACAUGCCCAGUGACAACAGACACAUGGAGGAUAUGGACAUGUCUGAUGAAGAGGCUGGCACUGCCACAGCAGGCGCAGAUGACAAGAAGGACAAGACGUCCACUGCUGUUGCCAAGUCAGAUGCAGCAUCAAAGGUUCCCACCACACCUACGAAGGCUUCUAAGACCAACGCCACUGCUGCCGCCACGGCCACGCCACUGACUCCCACCCCCGCUGCAGCUCAAAGCACCCCGACGACCCCGAUGGGCGUGAAUCUGGAGAAGGUUGACCUGGGAAAGAUCAGCUCCAUCCUCAGCUCGCUCACAUCUGCCAUGAAGAAUACAGCAGCUAGCCCAUCACCUCGGCCGUCUCCAGGAACACCCACCACUCCUUCUGGCCAAGCAGCAGCCUCCAAAGCGACUUCUUCGAGCCCUCACUUGGCCAACUUCCUGUCCCGUGUUGAUAUCACACCUGAAGGCAUACUCAAUGCUCUGUCUAAAACAAACACACCAGCUUUGUCCUCUCUCCUGCAAAGUGUGACCAACGCCACCUCGGCUCCUCCCACCCGAACCUCCCCAGAAUCCUCCGCAGCUAAAACCCCGCUCACCCCAACCACCCCAAAAACAAAACCCACCGUGGGGAACAGCCUCAAACGAGACACACCUGGGAGAACCAGAGACUGGGAGAAAGGGAGACAGCUGUCCCCUCCUCCUCCUCCUCCUCCGCCCCCUCCUCGCCUCUCGGCUCCUUCCGUUUCUCCCCCCAGCCUAGAAUCCAAAAUCAACAGUUUCCUGCAGGGUAAUCCAGGUUUUAGUCUCGCUCUGGGUGAUGUCAGUCCCGAUGGGGUGGAUGGGACCCCAGUGAGAGACGAAGCUGCCGGCACCCCCACCCAGGACGAGAUCAUGGACACACCUGGGAGUGUGCCAGAGUCUUUAGGGUCCUCUGGAGGCCAUAACCUCUCGCCCACAGCCUACCGCAGUGAACCCUGGGAUGCUGUGAUCACCCCAUCAGGAAGCAGCAGCAAUGGAGACCUGCUGAGCUCUUCCUCCUCCUCUUCACGCUACGGAGCUGGAAAAAAGAGUGGCUCAAAAUUAAAGGACGAUGAAGUGAUGAAUGCGAGGAAGCAGGUGUCCUCUUCCCCCAGUAACGACAUGAAGGGUAAGAAAGAUGGACAACACGGCCAGUCAAGAAUGUUGGGAAACAACCGAGGGAUUGGAGAAAGAAGACAGUCUGCAAGCUCUCGUAAGGCCAGCAGUGGCUCAGAUGACGGAGGUCUGGGUGGAAAACGAGAGGGGAAAGCUGAACGGUCUCCAGGUGGGGAUGGGAGGGAGGGACAGUACCAUCGUAUUGAGACACUAGUGUCUCCCUACACCGAAGGGGCACCCAUCCAAACUCUAGGCUACUCGAACCGACCACUCGCUGGAGAGCGCAUCAAGACGGUAGAGAGCAUCCGCGUGGUUGGCCGAGGUACUCGGCGAGGGGGAGGGGCUGGCGGUCGGCCCGGGGGAGCGAUGUGGUAUGAAGAGGAGGAGUACAUGGAAGCUCCCUCAACCCACGCUAUCCCCUCUCCUCUUAACAUUGGCACCAAGGACAUGACCCCCUCCAUGCCUCUGCCUCCCCCACAUCUCCUCCUCCUUCCCCCACAUCUCCACCCUCCUCUGUCCCAUCCUCACGCACAUCCUCCACCCCAAGCUCCGUUCCAAAUGCCCUACCACACGGAUAACAUCCAGACUCCUCCCCCGUCACUCCUCCACCAGCAUCCUCCUCCUCCAUCCCAUUUCUUCGGCCCCCCUCCGCCGAUCCCUCGGCCCCCUCCACCUCCCAUGCCCCAGCGCCCUUCCCCUCCGUCCACCCACCAUGCUGUGCCCACUGCCGUCAUGGUCGGGGGAGUGCUGGUCCCUGUCGAUCGACCCCUUUCAGUCAGACCUGAAGGUGUAGAUCGCAGUGGACUAGGGCCCAGAGGAAGCAAAAUGGGUCCUCCACCCCUCAUGGGAUCGUUGCUAGGCGAGCCCCCUAAGCUGCCCCGCCCUGGCACCGUUAAAGAGACCUUUGUCCCCCGCCAUGCCCCCCCUCUCCACCGCCCAGGUACCCCUGGUGUUCCCCUACCCUUACUGGGCAGAGUGAAGGAGCCUCUGAAUCUACCUCUUCCGCCCCACUCUCCCACAUCCUCCACUCCCUCUCCCUCCACGCCUAAUUCCCCUGCGGUCGACACUCUCCCCACUAGUCCUCCCGCUCAGCCCCGCAAGCAAACCUCUAACCCCGUUCCCCUGCUCAACUUGCCCAGUCCUCGACCCCCCAUGCUCUCGGUCCCCAUCCCACAGAGACCUCUGCUGCGGGGCCGAAACCCCUCUCAGCAGUUUAACCAAGAUCGUCCCAUGGGGGGCUACCGUGGGGGCAAGCGGUCCGGUCCUCCGUACACAGGUGGUCCCUUCCAUUCGCAGAAGAGACCCUUCCGACCCCCACGCUACUGAAGUGGUCAUCUAACACAGGCGGUGUGAGAAGUGCAAGCACCCUGCACUGAAGUGCAGAGUGUGUGUUAGCCCUGCUGGUAUGAGCCCAGAUAUUUUUUUCUCUGUUCAUUAGCUUGAAUUAAAACUACCUUUUAGGUUGUGUGUAAAUAGUGGAUUAAAUCUUCAUGCUUCAGCUAGGCAGCCAGCCAAUCAUCUUACACUGUACAGUGCAGCUACGAGGUUACAUUAGUCACACGGAGCAGAGUGUUGUGUAGCAACCCUCCAUCCAUCCCAUUUAUCCCAUUUCUCAAACCUCUUCUCUAACCAUAGGAAGAAAAUGCAGAUAGUUCAGUUAGAAAUGAAACUUUUCUUUAUUUAGUGCUUGCCCAUUUGUGUGAAUGUUGGGUCACUUAACUGAGAGAGAGCAGGAGAGCGGAGCAGAGGUUUGGGUCUCAUAGGAUACACAGGAAAAAAAAUAAAAAAGCAAUAGUUUGACAUCUUGGGGAAAUAAGCUUAUUUGGGUCUCAUAUGUGCUAAAUGUGAAGCUACAGCCAGAGCCGCUUAGCUUAGCUUAGUAUAAAGACUGGGAAGAGCUGCCUUGGAUCUGUCUAAAUCUUAAAGAAAAAGACUCCAAUUAACACCUCUAAAGUUCACUUAUUAACACGUGGGAUGUUUGUUUAAUCCAUAUAAAAAUGUAAGUGUAAAAAUGACAAGUUGUUAUACAUGGAAUUAUAUGUCACGACUCCAGGAAGUAGCUCUGUUACCUCUAGACAGAACCAGGUUAGCUGUCUGCUGUUUCCAGUCUUUAUAAUAAGCUGAGCUAAUGGUCUCCUGUCCUCUGCUUCAUAUUUAACAGAUAUGUCAUCUAACUCUUAAGAAAUCCAAUAACUGCAAUUCCCAAAAUGUCAAGUCAUUCCUUUAAAAUUCCAAAGUGAUCUCUUCUUCUCUGCGUGUCUGGGUGUGCGCCGUGUGCCCUAACACGGUAUUUCUCAUUUGAAGUGAUGAGAUUUGUGUUGCAGCCGAGGUCGACGCUUGUUCAUAUCUCCGGAGUACCUGCUGUAAAUAAUCUUCUUCUCUUGCUCGAACCUUUUUCACCCUCCCAUCUCUCCCACUGUAUAUUUCUAAGCUUGUAAAUAUAAAAAACUGAGAUGACAUCUUUUUUUUUCCCCCUCUUCAAGCUCUUGUUUCUGUUAACGAGGACAAUGGUCGUCAAUCUAGCGCCCCGUCUUUACUGUGAUUGAGGCCUUGGAUAAGCUUUAGCUCCAGAAGAGUUUCUCUGCAGUGUCUGUCGCACCUUUCUGUCCACCACGCAGAAGAGGAGGGUGAAGAUAAUUAUGUAUUUUUAUUUCCAACAUAAAGGUCUGCCUGUGCGCGCUUCAAGUUAGACUGAAUCAUGAAGAUUCUCGGUAGUGGACGGCCGGGGGCAGGCGGUGAGGGGGAGGGGGGGAGGUAUUUCAUUUUUGAACCACACUCUUGCUCGGCUUCAACAUGUACUGACUUGAAUAAAAUCCAGUUUCAAUUCGACUGGGGGGCGGGGAGGAGGGGGCAUUUUAUUUGGUCACUAUGAUUACCUUGAAUUGCGCUGUUAUAAUGCAUUUGCGCUGUUCAGCUGAUUUUUCUGCCUGUUUUUCAGAGAAAUUGUUUUCAUAUAUUUACGUAGCUGCUGCUGCCAUUUUCAUAAUGCAUUAACAUUUAAUGCCUUCUUUUUUUUUUUGCGCUGUAUUUUUAUGCGAGACAGAAUUGGCAAUUUCCCUUUUGCAGCAGCGCCCACAAAUGGUAAAACAAUUGAGCUAAUGAGGAGUUUUGAAAAUGGUUUAUUUGAAUACUCAAGUUGUAUUUGGCCCCUUCCUCAUAUAUAUAUUUUUUUUUUUUUAGCUGCUUAAGUCAUGCUUUCCCCCUCAAGCCCCUGUGCUUACCUUGUGCUCACAUGGCUUCGUCCAGGAACACUUGUGCACCUCUCAACACUUAAAAAAGGGUCGGCACAAUAUCCGUAAUCCUCCCAUCUUGUGCAGGAAUUAUGGCCGUAAUGCCUCCCUCUGUUCUCCACUGAUGAGGUUAGCCCACAAAGUGAGAGGUGCAUGCUGGGUGUUGCUGCUCAAAGCCUCAUGUCUCUUGUGUUUGCCUGAUCGUGGAGUGUUUUGUCGUCUCCUGUGCUCAUUCACAGUUACAUCAAGAAAGACUGAGCACCUGCUAAACGUUUCCACAUAAAGUUUGAUACAUUGUUAAAAUGUAACCACACCGAGUGUAUUUGUCACCACAGUGUUAGUUCAUCAGAGCUCUGAUGUUUUACUGAAUGUUAUACAAGUCUGUUACCACCUUCUGUAAACUGUUUGUCUUUUAUCUGAUCGCUCACUGCUAAAUAUCAACCCUAAUCAGUUUGGUGUGUUCACGUGUCACACAGUCGAAGCCAGAUUAACUGUUGUAAAAAUCUUCCUGCUUACUGAAGCACCUACCAAGUUCAACAUUUCAAUUGAAGAUGUGACAAA